UCAAACAAACAGAACAGUGACACAAACGUGGUUACAAAUGUCUCUUACUCACACUGCCACUUCACACUUGUUUAAAUAACCCUCUCUUCAUUUCCCUUUUCUCCCCCAAAUUGCUUCUACAUUUCCUUUUCAACCUUUCAAAUUAACCCAACAACAACAACACAAUCCAUUCCCAUUUCUACUUUUAAAACACAAUUUUUUUUCUUUUUAAUUUAAUGGAGUCCAAGGAGCAACUUGUUGAAGUGGACCAUUUGACAACACCAACAACAGGGACCAGUUUCUCUCAGUUACUAUUAGCAGAUGACAAUGAUGAUGAGAAUCAACAAAAUGCAUUGGGUCUCAGUACUACUGUGGACCAGACUACUUUUUCCACCCCCCUUUUCUCCAUUCACAACACACCUAAAAUGCUUUGUUUUGGUAACUAUCAUCCAAAUGAAAGCGACUUUUUGCUUUCUGAAACCAACAUCACUCCUCCUCAGAAAUCUGUCAUCACUUCAAGUGAUUCUUCUUCUGCUUCUUCAUGCAAUCACACCAACACAACCUUCAAUUCAUUAACAACUAAGUCCAAUUGUUUGCAGAAAAAGCGGAAUGGGUCAGGAGGACAAGAAAUUAGUACCAAGGCAGGUGUUGAAGGACAGAGAGGUCCUAAGAAGACCAAAGCAGAGAACCCCAUUUCAACCGGACAUGCAAAGCAGAAAAAGGAGAAGCUUGGGGAACGAAUUGCAGCAUUACAACAACUUGUUUCUCCAUUUGGCAAGACUGAUACAGCUUCGGUGCUUCACGAGGCAACUGGUUAUAUAAGAUUCUUACAUGAUCAAGUUCAGGUUCUCUGCUCUCCAUACCUGCAACCUUCACAACACCUUCAAUUUCAACAUCAGCAUGGGGACGGAGAUAACAAUGGAGAAGAAGUGAACAAGGAUUUGAGGAGCAGGGGUUUGUGUUUGAUCCCUGUAGGAUGCACCUUACACGUGGCAAGUAGUAAUGGUGCUGAUUUUUGGUCACCAGCUUCAAUAGGGAACAAUGUUUCACCAUCACCUAUUGCUAAGCAGUAAUAAAAUAAAUCCAAGAUAAAUUAUAAUCAAUGAAUUAUUUAUAUAAAAAAAUUAAUCUUUUUGAGGAAAAAAAUUGCAUCUUUUGAGAAAUGGAUUUUUAUGUCUGCCCAAAUUGGAGGUGUACUCAAUAUGACAUUGACAGCUUAUUUGGAGAUAGAAGGAAGGAUGAGAAGGUAACUAAAGAGUGAUAAUAACAAUUAACAAGAGUAGUUUAAAGUUCACACAUGGGGUAAACAAAUGAAAGGUCAUGAUUUUGUCCUUAAUUAUGUAAUAUCUGUUUUUUGAGGGGUCACCUCUAUAUUCCAUAUAAGGAAUGAAAGAAGGAUAUAUUUUAUGUAGGAUUUAGGUUUGUAUGUGUGGCCUUCAACUAGGAUUUUAGGAUGCCCAAUUGCCCAUAUAUAUUUUAUUUAUUAUAAUAAUAUAUUUUUGUUCCUGUAAA